AUGUGCGACCAUUCCCUUUCAACAGACGGCGCCGUGAACGGCAACAGCUCAGCCACAGCGGCUGCAGCCGACCCUCCACCCACGGAACCCCUCCCUCCAUCAGCAGCAGCAGCAGCAGCCGAAGGACCCGAAUCCCAGUCCCAGUCCCAGUCCCAGCCCCGGCUGACGCACGAGCAGUACUCGGGUCUGGCGGAGGGCACAGAGAUAGAGAAGGUGGUGGCUGCGCGGGUGAGGGACACGGAGGGCAUGCUGGAGGCGCUGCGCAGUGCGGCGGGCAGCAGCUUUGAGGACAUGGCGCUGCACCGCGAGGAGUCCCGCGCCCACCCGGAGGCGUUCGGGCAGCGCGACUGGCGGGUGAGCGGGAGAAAGGGAGUGGCGGGUGGGAGGGAGAGGCGGCUGAAGGAGCAGAGCAAGAGCCACAGGGUGAUGUACCGCCCAGGCGCGGAGGGAACGGCCUUCCACGAGCUGUGCUUGGAGGGCGUGCUCAAGGGAUCCCUCGACACUGUUCUCGCGGUGGCGUGGGAGGCUCCAUUCUUCGCUGACUGGUGGCCGCAGUUCUCAGUGCCGCCCUUCCACAUGCUCGAGUCCAAGUUCGUCAAGAGAGUGGCGCCGGGAUACGAGCUGGUGUAUCUACGCUUCAAGGUGCCGUGGCCCUUCGCCCCGCGUGAAAUCCUCUAUGUGCUCUUCUCUGUGCACGACGCUGCCACUGGCUUCAUCGCCACCUCCCUCAUCUCUGUCAGUGCCACCCUCAUCUCUGUCAGUGCCACCCUCAUCUCUGUCAGUGCCACCCUCAUCUCUGUCAGUGCCACCCUCCUCUCUGUCAGUGCCACCCUCCUCUCUGUCAGUGCCACCCUCCUCUCUGUCAGUGCCACCCUCCUCUCUGUCAGUGCCACCCUCAUCUCUGUCAGUGCCACCCUCCUCUCUGUCAGUGCCACCCUCAUCUCUGUCAGUGCCACCCUCCUCUCUGUCAGUGCCACCCUCCUCUCUGUCAGUGCCACCCUCCUCUUUGCGCAGCAGUUUGCACUCUCUCUCCCAGAAGAUCCGGCUGCCUUUGACCCUGACUCGUAUGGCUUCACCAAUGACGGCGUGCCACGUCUCCGUGCCGGAGAGGUGCGCGUGAGUGUGAAGGGUGGCUUUGCAUCCAAGGACCUUGGCAACGGCCACUGCUACUUCCGUGGGUUGGCAACGAUUGACGUGAAGCUGAACCUCAUCCCACCGUGGCUUUUCAACUUCAUGUCGCGACAGCUGGCGGGGUCUGGUUACCACAUGCUGUACAACGAGAUAGAGAGUGUGGCGGACGGCAGCAACAAGGAGGCGGACAAGUUCCGAGCGCUGCUGCGCUCAGACCCCUUCUACUACUCCGUGGGCCGGGCCAUGCGUGCCCACCACGCCGCCGCAGUAGCACAGGGCGAGCGGGCGAAGCAGGAGAGGGAGCAGCUGCAGCAGCAGGGUGAGGCGGAGUCGUUCUGGCAGAUUGGGGAGCGAGUGGAGAAGGAAGUAGAGAGGCUUGUGGCAAGCACGUCUGGGAGUGGGAGUGUUGUUCCUGGUGGUGGUGGUGGUGCUGCUGCUGCUGGUGCUGAUGGUGCUGCCGGUGGAGGUGAUUCGGGAGUCAUGAAUGCAGCUGAAGCGUUAGCAGAGGUAGUUGCUGUGCCUGUGCCGGCUGCAGCAGGACCGCCCACGGCUGCCUCCCCUGCAUCAGUGGUGAGACCACCACGCCCUCCCUCGCCCAGGAAGCUUGUGGCCCCUGCAUCACCCGCUGUUGCACAGGCAGCAGCAGCAGCAGCACGUGCAGAAGGAGGUUUGGCGGCAGUGGGUGCAGCCGGUGAGAACGCAGCAGCAGAUUCUCAAGGCCUCCAGUAUGGGCAGUUACGGCAGAGAGACCCGGCGAUAUUCCAUGCGGUUACCACUCUCGAUAGGGCAAUCUCCUUCAUGAGAGCAAGAGCAGCAGCUGCUGCUGCAGGCAACGCUGCUGGUGGGUUCUCAGGCCUGGUACCACCGAAGCAAGAGGUUUGGAGCUACAGUGGCCAGCUUCGGCCCGCACCUAGGCAGGGUGAAAGUGGAGGGGAUGGGGACGCUGGGGAGACUCGUGGGAGUGGGGAGGGGCAAACAGAAGAGAGGGUGUGGAUGCUGACCAGAGGGGGGAAAGAGGGGGAGGAUGGUGGAGGGGAAGUCCGAGGGAUGGCGUUCUUCGAAGCUCGCCGCUCGUUCGAUCGUGCGCUGGCGUCAGACACGUGGACAGACCCCGCUAUAGUCACGAGAGCCGUUAAGAGGCGGUUAGGACUACCUGAGCCUGAAGAAACAGCUUUUGAGUCGGCUAGAGAAAAGUGCGAUGCAGCUUGUGUUGGGGGAAACGGAACGCAGGGAGAAAUAGAAAAUGCGGCAGAAAUGUUAGAGCAAAUAGCUGCUGGUGCACCUUCUUUUGGGGAAAAUGGAACGCAGGGAGACAUAGAGAAUGCGGCAGAAAUGUUGGAGCAAAUAGCUGCUGGUGCACCUUCUGUUGGGGAAAAUAUAACGCAGGGAGAAAUAGAGAAUGCAGCAGAGAUGCUACAGCAAGUAGCUGCUGUUGGAUCCGAAGCAACAGCUAGUAACGGAGCGACCCGAGCAGCUCAGGAUGGAAGCGGGGAAGCUACUAACGGAGCGGGAAUGGAAGCUAGCGAUGGGGAAGUCAGCGGAUGGCCCCUUCGCAGCCAAACGGUCCAGACGGCAUAUCACAACUCCCCAGACGGCGCCACGAAUAACAGCAACGCAGCCGCUGCAGCCGACCCUCCACCCACCGAACCCCUCCCUCCAUCAGCAGCAGCACCAGCCAAAGGACCUGAAUCCCAGUCCCAGUCCCAGCCCCAGCCCGAGCCCCGGCUGACGCACGAGCAGUACUCGGGUCUGGCGGAGGCCGCGGAGAUGGACAAGGUGGUGGCCGAGCGGGUGAGGGACACAGAGGGCAUGCUGGAGGCGCUGCGCAGUGCGGCGGGCAGCAGCUUUGAGGACAUGGCGCUGCACCGCGAGGAGUCCCGCGCCCACCCCGAGGCCUUUGGGCAGCGCGACUGGCGGGUGGGCAUAGCGGGUGUUAGGGAGUGGGGGGUGAGCGGGGUAGCAGGGCUAGCAGGGCAGUUGAAGGAGCAGAGCAAGAGCCACAGGGUGAUGUACCGCCCAGGGGCGGAGGGAACGGCGUUUCACGAGCUGUGCUUGGAGGGCGUGCUCAAGGGAUCCCUCGACACUGUGCUCGCGGUGGCGUGGGAGGCUCCAUAUUUCAUUGACUGGUGGCCGCAGUCCUCAGUGCCACCCUUCCACGUGCUCGAGUCCAAGUUCGUCAAGAGAGUGGCACCGGGAUACGAGGUCGUACACGUCCGCUUGAAGGUGCCGUGGCCCUUCGCCCAACGUGACAUGCUCUAUGUGCUCUUCUCCGUGCACGACGCUGCCACCGGCUUCAUCGCCACCUCCCUCAUCUCCGUCAGUUCCACACUCCUCGUUGUGCUCCCCGUUGUCCUCUCUGUGCUCCCCGUUGUCCUCCUCUUUGUUCUCCCCGUUUUCCUCCUCUUUGUUUUCCCUGUUUUCCUCCUCUUUGUUUUCCCCGUUUUCAUCCACUUUGUUUUCCCCGUUUUCCUCCUCUUUGUUAUCCCCGUUGUCCUCCUCUUUGUGUUCCCGCUUGCGCUCCUCUUUGUUCUCCCGCUUGCACUCUUCUUCGAUCAUUCCGUACAACUCCCUUUUCUCUGGUUCCCGGAUAAUCCAGCUGCCUUCGACCCUGACGCGUAUGGCUUCACCAGUGACGGUGUGCCACCUGUCCGCUCCGGAGAGGUCCGCAUGAGUAUGAAGGGCGGCUUUGCAGCCAAGGACCUUGGCAACGGCUACUGCUACUUUCGCGGUGUGGCAACGAUUGACAUGAAGCUGAACCUCAUCCCAUCAUGGCUCAUCAACUUCGUGUCGCGACAGCUGGCGGGAUCUGGUUACCACAUGCUCUACAGGGAGAUAGAGAGUGUGGCGGAUGGCAGCAACAAGGAGGCGGACAAGUUCCGAGCGCUGCUCCUCUCAGACCCUUUCUACUACUCUGUGGGCCGGGCCAUGCGCUCCCACCACGCCGCAGCAGCAGCGCAGGGCGAGCGGGCGAAGCAGGAGCGGGAGCAGCUGAAGCAGCAGGGUGAGGCGGAGUCUUUUCGGCAGAUUGGGGAGCGAGUGGAGACGGAAGUGGAGAGGCUCGUGGCAAGCACGUCUGGGAGUGAGAGUGACGUUGGUGGGGCUGCUGCUGCUGGUGCUGGUGAUGCUGGUGCUGAUGGUGCUGCUGGUGGUGAUGUGGGAGUCAUAAAUGCAGCUGAAGCGUUAGCAGAGGUAGCUGCUGUGCCUGUGCCCGCUGCAGCAGGACCGCCCAAGGCUGCCUCCCCUGCGUCAGUGGUGAGACCGCCACGCCCUCCCUCGCCCAGGAAACUUAUGGCUCCUGCACAACCCGCUGCUGCAAAGGCAGCAGCAGCAGCAGCACGUGCAGAAGGAGGUUUGGCAGCAGUGGGUGCAGCAGGUGAGAAUGCAGCAGCAGGUUCUCACGGUCUCCAGUAUGGGCAGUUACAGCAGCGGGACCCGGCAAUAUUCCAUGCGGUUACCACUCUCGAUAGAGCCAUCUCGUUUAUGAGAGCCAGAGCAGUAGCUCAGCGCCAGGCAGCAACUGCUGCAGCAGGCAGUGGUGCUGCUGGGCUCUCAGGCCUGGUACCGCCGAAGCAAGAGGUUUGGAGCUACAGCGGCCAGCUUCGGCCCGCACCUAGGCAGGGUGAAAGUGGAGGGGAUGGGGAUGCUGGGGAGACUGGUGGGAGUGGGGAGGGCGGGACCGAGGAGAGGGUAUGGAUGCUGACUAGGACAAUAUCGGCAGGUCCUGAGGAUCAUGCUAGGGGGAUGGCGUUCUUCGAAGCUCGCCGCUCGUUUGAUCGUGCGCUGGCGUCAGACACGUGGACAGACCCCGCUAUAGUCACGAGAGCCGUUAAAAGGCGAUUAGGACUACCUGAGCCUGAAGAAACAGCUUUUGAGUCGGCUAGAGAAAAGUGCGAUGCAGCUUUUGUUGGGGGAAACGGAACGCAGGGAGAAAUAGAAAAUGCGUCAGAAAUGUUAGAGGAAAUCGCUGCUGGUGCACCUUUUUUUGGAGAAAACGGAACGCAGGGAGACAUAGAGAAUGCGGCAGAAAUGCUAGAGAAAAUAGCUGCUGGUGCACCUUCUUUUGGGGAAAACGGAACGCUGGGAGAAAUGGAGAAUGCAGCAGAAAUGCUAGAGCAAAUAGCUGCUGGUGCACCUUCUGUGGGGGGAAAUGGAACGCAGGGGGAAGUAGAGAGUGCAGCCGAAAUGCUAGAGCAAGUAGCUGCUGGUGCACCUUCUGUGGGGGGCGGGAGUGACAUUCGGGGAGAACAGGUCUCUGGGGAGGUUUUCCCUCACUCUUUCACUUCCCCGUGCCGCUCCUCCUUCGCCCCGCGUGCAGCUGAAGGAGCAGAGCAAGAGCCACAGGGUGAUGUACAGCCCAGGGGCGCAUCGCAGAGUGUUCAUAACGCCCCACUUACUCCUGGCCCCCCAAUCCCCUCCCUCCAACCACAGCUGAAGGAGCAGAGCAAGAGCCACAGGGUGAUGUACCGCCCAGGCGCGGAGGGAACGGCCUUCCACGAGCUGUGCUUGGAGGGCGUGCUCAAGGGAUCCCUCGACACUGUGCUCGCGGUGGCGUGGGAGGCUCCGUUCUUCAUUGACUGGUGGCCGCAAUUCUCAGUGCCGCCCUUCCACAUGCUGGAGUCUAAGUUCGUCAAGAGAGUGGCGCCAGGAUACGAGCUCGUACACCUCCGCUUCAAGGUGCCGUGGCCCUUCGCCACGCGUGAAAUCCUCUUUGUGCUCUUCUCUGUGCACGACGCUGCUACCGGCUUCAUCGCCACGUCCCUCAUCUCUUACCCGGAUGACCCAGCUACCUUUGACCCUGACUCGUAUGGUUUCUCCAAUGACGGUGUGCCACGUGUGCGCUCUGGAGAGGUCCGUAUGAGUGUGAAGGGCGGCUUUGCAUCCAAGGACCUUGGCAACGGCUGCUGCUACUUCCGCACAUGGAUCAUCUCAUUCCAUCACUCGUCCCGCCUCUCCCUCUCCCUCUCCCUCUCACUCGUUUUCUCUCGUCCCCGCCCUGCGCUCCCCAACGUCCCUCCCUGCAACCCUCAGGAGGUAGAGAGUGUGGCGGAUGGCAGCAACAAGGAGGCGGACAAGUUCCGAGCGCUGCUCCGCUCAGACCCCUUCUACUACUCCGUGGGCCGCGCCAUGCGCUCCCACCACGCCGCCGCAGCAGCACAGGGCGAGCGGGCGAGGCAGGAGAGGGAGCAGCUGCAGCAGCAGGGCGAGGCGGAGUCGUUCCGGCAGAUUGGGGAGCGCGUGGAGAAGCAAGUAGAGAGGCUCGUUGCGAGCACGAAGCUUGUGGCUCCUGCACCCGCUGCUGCUGCACAGGCACCAGCAGCAGGCACUUCACCAGCAGCAGCAGCACGUGCAGGAGGAGGUUUGGCAGCAGUGGGUGCAGCAGGUGAGAAUGCAGCAGCAGGUUCUCAAGGUCUUCAGUACGGGCAACUACAGCAGAGGGACCCGGCAAUCUUCCAUGCGGUUACCACCCUCGAUAGAGCCAUCUCCUUUAUGAGAGCCAGAGCAGCAGCUCAGCGCCAGGCAGCAACUGCUGCUGUAGGCAGUGGUGCUGCUGGGUUCCCAGGCCUGGUACCACCGAAGCAAGAGGUUUGGAGCUACAGCGGCCAGCUCCGGCCCGCACCCAGGCAGGGUGAAAGCGGAGGGGGUGGGGGUGCUGGGGAGAGUGGUGGGAGUGGGGAGGGGGGGACUGAAGAGAGGAUGUGGAUGCUGACUAGGACAAUAUCGGCGGGUCCUGCAGAUCAUGCAAGGGGUGAGGGGCUUGGGCAAGUGGAAGUGCUGCUGAGCGGCCAUCUUCGGCCCCUAUGGGAGGGAAGGGAGGGAGGGAUGAAGGGCGGAGGGUAA